AACAUCAAGCGCGCAAAGAGUGUUCGUAGAGUCAUAUUCAAAUCUACACGGUUAGUCGGCGCAAGGAGGCGACGAAACAAGAGGCUGUUUCGACAGUCUUCCCGAUGAGAUGGAUUUUUGCCAAGAUUUUGAAGACUCUGUGACCGUUUGGUGUAUGAAAAUACUUCUUCACCUGGUCGCACGGAACAGGACUUGAAUUAUUGACUUCUUUUCUUGUUUGCGGCAGACAUUUACAGUUGGCCGUGAAGAGCAACUAAAACUGGCGAUGAAGACGAAGCCCCGAUGCAGUCAAGACAAAGGCUCUGAUUGUAAGUAAAUCAUGCACUUUCAUUUGUUUUAGGGUUUUGAGCAAAUAAUAUUUCACUUUUUCCAUAUUUCUAUUAGAAAAAGUUCCCAAUUAAUGUUACUGGAUAUGUUGAUUUUUUUAGCUAUGGUAAUGUAAGUUACUAUGUCAUGGUUUCUUUGUUAUGUAAUUUUCGAGAUUUAAACUUCUAGUUAUAACAAUAUUUCUUGCAACUUUUUUGAACAAUGUAUUAUCAAUGUGGCAUCUCUGGACUUCCAUUUUUACAUGUAUAUGAGAGCGUUUUUGGUAAAAAGUGGGAUUAACUUUAGAAUACUGGGACUUUCUGCCAUGUUUUAAAAAUGUUUUGGGUUUCACAUAUUAUCCACACUUUUGACAUAUACAGUACAAUCAAAUCAUCAAUUUCAAAAAGGGAUGAACAAACCUAUUUUAAGCAUACUUUAGAUACAUUAUUAGUAAAAAAAAAACAAUAAUUGAAUAUAUAUUGUAAAAUGAAAUUAUUACAGAUAGAAAAAAUAUAUAAACCUAUUUUACAGUGUUGAUAAAGAGACUAUUAGUUUAUAAAAGCCUUUGACACUGUAUCGAGAGAGGCACUCUGGCAGGUCCUGGUCAAAUUUGGCUGUCCACCCAAGUUUGUCAAUGUUAUACGAUCCCUCCAUAGCGGUAUGAAAGCUUCUGUAUCCCAAGGCGGAAACGACUCGAAGCAAUUCGAUGUCUCCAAUGGAGUAAAGCAAGGGUGCGUCCUGGCGCCAACGCUCUUUUCUCUAUACCUGUCGGCCAUGUUGGAGAUAGCCUUCAAGGACUGUGUUGAUGGGGUGUCAAUCCAAACAAGGCAUAACGCCGACCUAUUCAAUGUUGCUCACUUCAAAGCGAAAAGGAAAACAUGCCAGGUCAUAGUACGAGAAAUGCUGUAUGCGGACGACAGCGCAUUGGUGGCACAUGAUGUGGAAAGUAUGCAGAGAUUAGUAGACAGAUUCUCCUCAGCUGCAGAACAAUUCAGCCUGAAAAUCAACAUCAAAAAGACAGAGUGCUUAUUUCAACCAGUGAAGCGUCAGACAUUGACUCAAUUCCCUGGCGAAAUCCAUGUAAGAAAUGAGACCCUGGUCCAGACCAAAGACUUUGUGUACUUGGGAAGUACCAUCUCUGACAAUGCACGAAUAGAUAAUGAGAUCACCUUCAGAAAGGGGAAGGCCAGCGCAGCAUAUGCUAAGCUGAGAGAGCGGCUGUGGGACAACCAUCACGUAUCGCUCAAGGUUAAAGGCAAGGUCUAUCGAGCAGUUGUCUUAUCUGCCCUAGUAUACGGUGCAGAAACAUGGACUGUAUAUCGCAGCCAGGUGAAAAAUUUACAUGCAUAUAUGAUGCGACACCUGAGAGAAAUAAUGAAAAUUACUUGGAUGGAUAAAGUCACAAACAAAGAGAUAUACAAGACGACCGGAUUACGGUCAAUGGCUGACACACUCAUUGAGAAAAAUCUCAGAUGGACUGGGCAUGUUCACCGCAUGGACACUGACAGAUUGCCUAGGCAGCUGCUCUACUCUCAGCUCACGACAGGGACCAGGAAUCAGGGUCGGCCUAGACUCAGGUUCAAAGAUGUGGUAAAGAGGAACCUGAAGUGGAGGGAUAUAAGCUCAAACUCUUGGCAAACCACUGCUCGGGAUCGUCCAGCAUGGAGAGUUAAGAUCAAAGGACCAACACAAUAGAACAGUCAUCGUCGCCUUGACGGACUGCCAAUGAUGAUGAGUUUAUAACAAAAGAACAAAUACAAAUAUUGUUGUUUUCAAUUCUUGUUCAAGCUGGUAGUCUUGGCUGCUUCUUCUUGUGUAAUAUCUACUUAUUAGUUUACAAUAAAAUCAUAAGAUAAGGAAAUACAAAGUUAUUAUAAAUUAGAAAAAAUAAUACUUAUAUUUUACAAUGACAGAAAUAUACAAACUUAUUAUUAAUUAAAAAAAUGAUACUUAUAUUUUACAAUAACAGAAAUAUACAGACUUAUUAUUAAUUAAAAAAUAACACUUAUAUUUUACAAUAACAUUUAACAGUAGUAGAAAUAUACCAACUUAUUAUUAAUUAAAAAAUAAUAAUAUGAGAAAUAUAUAAGCCAAUUUUACGGUAUGAAAUUAGAUUCAAAGUAUACUACUAGCUUGCAUAAAAAUCACAAUUACAAAGAAAAAAUAUACAAAUAUUAUGCAAAAAUUAUUUUCAAUUCUUGUUCAAUCAGCCUUUUCUCUUUGCUUGGGUCUUUAAAUGGGCUUUCGUCAGUUGCCUUGUCAACAUUGAAUAAAACUCUUCAGUAUUGCAAAUAUCUAAACUUACAUUUCUGGUAACAACAAUUUGUUCUAACCCUUUGAUAAGGAGGAGUUGAUAAUUUUUUCGAGUACUAUAACCUAACCCUGUGUGUCUUCCCUUUUAAUCUAACAAGGGAUUUCUUUUCUCCUUUCUAGAUCACAUGAGUAGUGUGGGUGUUGAUAUGUGCGAGUGUUAAUGGGUUUGUUUGAGUGUGUAAAAGUGUGUAUGAAGGCUAUCGGUGCAGAAACAAUGUAUUGUGGUGCAGAGCCGUUGUCUAUGGUGACUUGUGCGGAGGUGUGUGUUCCAACCUAUUGCAUGGACACGCACCAAGCAGAAGGGAAGUUUGAUUUUUGUUUUGUCGUCUUGGGUGACGCAUAUCAUAUAUUCGCCGUUGAGGUAUUCUUGCCAGCGUUAAACAUCCCUAUGUUUUUUUGGAGGAAGACUUUCGUUUAGACAUCUGUGAAUUUUAGUGAAAUCGUUAACAUAAAAAAAUGGGGGAAGAGAGGUGGGAAUGGGUAAUAAAAGUUUGAGUCAGUAAUUUCCAAUAAUUCAUAAAAUGGUCAUGAGUAUCCCAACCAAGUAAUAACUUUGACCUGAGAAUUGUGGAGGUUGCGAAAUUCCCGAGGUUAUCCUAGGUUGUUGCCCAUCUUUUAGUGUUUCCAGCACCAUGUUUUGAUGUGUUGUCAUAGAUACUUGGUCUGAUUUUUCAAUACUUACAAGUGGUUCCACUAACGCUUUGAGAAUUUCAGUAAUUCGUUUUCCGGCAUUUUGGUUGUAGUUUUUGAUUUACAAUUGAAACAGGUCCUAGUGUCGCCUUCUGUCCCAUGACAGUUUGAGGAAUUAGAUAAAUUGAAGCAAAAAAUAUGGAAAAAUUAGCUGUUAUAGGGUAGAAUAAAAUCUGACCGCCCUAAGAGUUUUAAAAGAGGGUUAAUGAAGAAAUUAGUGUUAGAGGUGUGGAGGGGAAUCUAACUCAAAUGGGGCCUGCGGAAGGUUAAAAGAAAGUCACCAUAUAAUUACUUACAACGGUUUAUUUCUUCGUGGAUGUGGCAAUGACUCUCUCUCUGCCAAGAGGUUUACCAGCUGGUCUUAUUUACAGUAUAAGAGCUUCUAAUUGUUUAUAAAUAAUUAAUUUAUAUAUAUCCUUACAACAAAGGACCACUUAUGUUAAUUCAAUAACAACCUUCAGUAGAUCAAGAAUCAGUGCAUAAAGGGACAUUAUGUCGAUGCAAGCAUGUAAACUGGGAAAAGAGUCAUGAUGGUCAUGCACAGAUUUGUUAUGGAAAUUCCUGGUUAAGUGCUUCAAGUUUGCACUUAGUAAACAGUUUCGUAUUUUAUGCUUCUCCACUGCGCAUGUCCAGAAUACGACAGAUGGUCAUAUCAGCACAGGCAAUGGGGACACGUGGGUUGGAGUCCAUGAAAACGUUGGACCUUGUAACAUUUCUCUAAGCACUUGUGAUGGGCUACCUGUUUGCAGCACGACGUAAGCUUAACAAGCCCAUGCUCAUCCUCUUUGCUGCAAAUGAAACAUUCCGCACCUGCCACACAUCCAGUGCCCAUAUGGGACACUCAUCGAGACAACCCCAAGGGUGGAUUUCUUUUGGCAUACAUCACAUUCUACUGUAAAAAAGUAGAUGUAUAGGGGAACGACGAAGAAAAAAAACGUAGGCCACACUGUCGGUGUCGUGGUACAGGCACCGGGAGCCCAACCGACGCAUCACGGCAUACAACUUGAGGCGGGCAUACGUGGUGGUCAGCGCCGCACGUUGGUGUGGCGUUGGGUGUGACAAACCCCUCGUGCAGCUCAUACUGGACUUGGAGGAUCUCCUCGUUGGCCACGAACACAUCCUUAAACUCGACGGUGUCCCCCAUCAGGAGCUCAAUGUAGCGCGCAGGCUCAUCCACGUACUCGGUUUAGCGAUGGUUGGGGCGCUCCCCAAAUUUACCCCACAUACUGUUGAGGAGCAGCUUUGACACGGCCCUCAACCCGGGGUUGCUCUCGAUCUUGGUGGGGUCUAGGCGAAUGCCUUGGUGAGUCUCGUACCGGUUCACGUAGUCUUCCUUUUGGGCCUCCGUCGUACACCCGGGGGCCACCCCGAAGCCUCCUGCUUGAUCUUGAGGAACGUGCUGACGUAGUCCCGGAACAAAACAUCCCACUCCUCCCACUGCCAAACCUCGUAGACGGUCAACACCCGGUACCCCUGGCGCAGCGCUUCGCCCACCUCCGGGUGCCACCAGGUCCCCACCAGGGCACGCACCUCCUCCUUUGUAUGGGGACACGCCCCUUGCACUUCGGCUUUGGCGCAAGCCGUGCAGAGGGGGAACACCAGCUUGCCGUGUAGGUGAACAGGUAGCACAGGGAAAUACAGGUCCCUGGGAGGGAGAAUCUUGAGCUUGAGGAGCCCUUAUCUUCCUCUUCUCUGUCCCGUACUAAAGUCAAUGGUACCCGCAGCCCUAUGGGAAGCCUCAGCCACCAUCCAUCUCUCGAUUCUCCAAGGAUCCUCGGGGAGCAUGUAGCCUCUGCGGGCCUCUCCGGUCACGGUAGGCAUCCACAACAGGGGAACCUCAGGGUCCAGGUAAUAGUCGUAGCGGACCUCGGUGGUCACGGUAGGCAUCCACACCUAGAUAUCUCGAAAAGGGUCUCGACAGUUAGGCUCUCUCGCGAGUCGCGCCCUGGAAAAAAAUUAGACACGUGCCAUCUCCCUAGACAUUCUUGGUGCACUCUCUGUUUGCAGCAGUCUGUGAGUUUAACACUCCCAUUUCCAUCCUCGAUGCAAAUAAAACACUCCAUGUUCCUCUCUCACUAAAAUAGUCACAAAAACGCCGUCUUGGAUCUUUCCACGGUGAAAAAACGACUGAACUCGUCACUUGUCUUUUUUUCGACGUCCACGAACUAAAAAGACCCCACAGCAAGCAACACGGUCAAGACGAACAAUCCCUGUCAAAAACGCUACCACCGCCACCUUCACUGGAGGUAUGUUCUCACGAAGCUUUUGAAGAAACGCAGAGUCGUCCCCCUUCCCCGCCUCAGGAAUCAAAGGCGCCCCCUCACCCUCCUCCUCCUCCUCACUCUCCACACCCGUCGACCACGGGUACCCGCGCUCCCCCUCUUGAUUCGGAGAGCACACGUUCCCCUUGCCGAACCGAUGGUCCACUACUCCACCAGUAGCGCCUCUUCACGCUCUUGAAAAGUCACGUAGCGAACCUCAAUGUCCGCGUCCAUCGCCAGCACGAAAAAACGUUUCGGGUCCUUCAGGACCUCGGUCCAAACCAUCACACCGUCCACAAACUUAGAAGAACGCUCCACGUUCCCAUCCCUCUACACCAUCGGCUCGAACUCCGACACAUCGCCGCUAGUCGCCAUCAUGCUCGCAAAACGAAAACAACGCCUGGCGGACCUACUGCGCCUGCGCAACACGCUGGUCAGCGGGUACCCCUUUCUCUUGACAGGUUUUUUGACAGGUUGUCACAUUCCACACAUUCCUGAGCAGGCUCAAAGGCAAAUCUGCAUAAUUAUUCAGGCUUGUUGUGUGUAUUGUUACUACUGUCGUCGUCCUCGAGGUCGCUGUCCUCAUUUCUAUUGGAAAAGAAGAGUUCCCGCAGUCGAUAGGAGUGUUCGUUUCAAUGUAUGGCUGAAUAGAAGGGCUGGUUCGAAAUGAAUGGCAUGGGUACUGGGGCGAUGAAUUGUGGAGCGGAGGAGUUGUCGAUAGCGGCUUGCGGCACAGGCAGUUGAGUGCGUCUACAGUAUAAACCACGGUUUCUAUUGUUAGUCUGGAGGUGUGUGUCCUGGCAUGUCACGUGGACGUGCACUGAGCAGCAUGGCAAUAUGAUCUUUUGGUGGUGCGCUGAUCAUGCACUGCCGGUUUAGAAAGUGCUAAACAACGUUUUAAGUAUAUUAACUAUUCAGCAUAAGUGGUGUUGUGUAUAAAAACUGUUUGGAAGUCUACAACGGACAACGGUUGCGUUUGUUACUCCUGAGGCCUCAACCACUCCAUUUUUAUUAAAGAUAGACGAAAACUCGACUCAUUUUUAACGUUUAUUAUAGUAUAUAAAUAUAAUAUAUUUAUAGGGGUGCCUAUAAUGUAAACAAAUUAAAGACAUCCAACCAUUUAAAGGCACCCCAGGUGGCAAGGCUGCGUGCAACGCUCCUGUAGCGUGAAAACAUCGUCCUCAUCCAUACAAAUUACACAGGGGACUUCCUGAAACUAUAAAAGUAAAAACGUUACUUAAUAUGAGGCCGAUAAAUUAUGCAGAAAACUAUCACACGGAAUACCAUCAUUUACUGAACCGCCCUUAGGCCAGCUCAAGUCCACAAUUACCCUACGUUCUUCAGAAUCUCGCUUGGGAACCGUGUUCAACGGUGAAGUAACAAAUCCACCCCCGAAGGGAGGAUCCGUAAACGGCCCAGCGACACGACCAAGCGAGACUUCACGUUGUAAAUGCUCUGAAACUUGAGUCGCAAAAUUGAGCGCACCCCGGUGAGUGCGAGCAUCAAAAAUAGGAACAGUAUCGCCAGUGAAACCCACCGGCCAACCAAACUCCAGGAAAUCACAAAUCAUUUGGUCGUCAUAAUCAUACAACAAAGUCCUCCAAGUAUUGAUCUUUAGGGAACUUGGAACGGGCAGGCGAGAAACCACAAAGUUCGGGCGACCAGAACGAAAAACUAACUCAUGUGCGUACAAAUAAAAAUCAUUCGCCUGCUGAGAGUCACGAGGAAAGGCCGUGGAAAAACCACGACAGUCUAGAACACCAGCCUCCACCAGCUGAGGAAAACACACAUCAUGAAUAUAAUCAGCGCCCGUGGAAAAGCCACGACAGUCAGGAACUGCAGCCUUUAGCGGCUGGGAGCAAGCAUCAGCAUUCAAAGCACAAAACGACAUAUCCGGAAAUGAAGCAACAGUAACGGAAGGAACGCCCCCAAUGUCUUGACCAAGGGCGAAGUUUAUCAGUUUUUUGAUUCCCCUGAAAGCGGACAAUCAGAUGAAUCCUCUCUAUGCGAUUCCUGUUUUCUCGAUUGUACCCAACAAGCCGCACAAAUAUGUUUUACCCAUUUACGUUCGCCUCGGACGUAACCAUAAUGAUCCUUGGUAUGAAUGCACUUCUCGCGUUGAUAAUCUCUCUGUUCUUCAGCUUCUCUGAUGUUCCUAGAGUCUUGUGAAUUGUCGCCGGUUUUGCCCAUGGCGAAGAACACUUUCCAUUCGAGCUUGUCUUGAUUGCUUGCGAUAUAUCCACGCUGUAAAUUCGGCAAACCCCAUGAUCCACGUAUCGCCUUUCUAUUCUCAGGUUUACGGGGAUCUGCGUUCACUACUACAGCGAGAUAAAACCAUUUGUUUUCAAUUCCAACUGGAGAGACCUGUGGAUCAUUCAAAUUGAAUUGCACGUAUGGGUAGAACUCGUCGUCGCGAAUGUGAAUCUCGCAGUUUCCUUUUAGAGAGGAUAACAACCAGAUAAAUGCGACGGCGAUACACAAAACCAAGAGGGCGCGCUUCACAUUGAAAGGGCGACAUAAGAUAUACCACCGUAUCAUUCUUUCAAAUCGAGAAAUUCUCUGUAGUCCAGACGCGAGACAAAUUUAGUAUGAUAGAGGCUAAUAUCCGUAUUAGCCACUCCAAAAAUAUGAGCUUGAUAUAUAAACGUUGAAAAGAACAAAGAAUUAUAGAGUGAAGCUGUGAACGUGUGCUAGCAAUCAAGACUAGAGAUAACUGAAAUACAAUAUGCUGGCUUGAGCAAUUAAUCCCUUUAAGCUAGGUGCCCAAAGGGGGGUAGAAGAUGUAAUGAUUAGUCGGGAGGACUUCUUUUGACCGGAGUCGUACCUUUAUUCUGAGUAAGUGGUAUAAGAGUAAUGAGGAAUUACAAUGCGGUCCUAUUUGUAGUAAAACAAGUAGUAGGUUUGAUUGACAAGCACUGACCUUGUGUGCAGAGUGCGGUGAUUGGACAGUACUUGACAAUGCAAACAGUCGCAUCAGAUAUCAUUAACUGUCGGCAAAAUUAGCGGUAACAAAGGAAAGCUUUGAAAAGAAUUUAAGAAUACAAAAUGAAUGUCCUUUGCCAUGAAACUAAGGGAGUUGGUAGGAAAGGUCAAAAGGCAACUUUGGAGAAACAAAUAUGUAACUUGUAAUCGAAAGUUAACGAACGUAAGGGGAAAAGAAGUGGUCGCUCAAGUAGCGUAGGUGUGGUGUUGGGUGACUUGGAUUAGCAUAAGAAAUCAGAUUACCAAAAAACAGUAGAGCUAAGCACCUCCUACUUGAGUGUGGGCGAUCCUACGUGCUGUGCUAAUGAUACCGACAAUUAACGUACGACAUCUAAAGGAACUGUAUCAAAAGAAGACUCGUUAACUAACUGAUUCAACGGAAAGUAGAAGACAGAUGAGUUCCGAAACAUGGUGCGAUCACACAAAGGUCAUUAUUUCACUCAUCCUUAUAAUUAAACGAAUAUCCUCCUAUGCUAAAAGCUAAUAAUGCUUCAAGAAUACUUUUAACCUUGAUUUAUCCUUAGAGUAAUUAUAUCUUGACUUGUAUAUCUCCUUACUUCCUUUAACUACGAUCUAACAUAAUCUAUCAUAGCAUGGCCUCCCCCUUUGAAGGCAAGCGUCCCCGCUUGAAACUUUGAUAUAUAUAAUGUAAAUGAUUCAUGCUAAACUAGAGAGGAUGUUCGAUAAAGGGUAGUUUGAAAAUCAAUGCUUAUAUAAUUUUUUUUGUUUGUUUUGUUUUUUUGAAAGCCCUGAGUAAAUAUAUCCUAAUUUGAAUAUGAUUAUAAUAAAGCGUGAGUGCUUUUGACUGCUACGGCAAGCUAAAUAACUCCAAAUUCACCAAAGAGAACUAGAAAAUGACUUUCUGUU